UGGCGGCGGCGGCGGCGCUGCGGGCGGGCUCGGGGGGAGGGACCGCGGCCGGAGGCGGGCCGGAAAGUUUGUCGGGCGGCCGCGGCGGGGGCUCCGGCCCCGAGGGUGUGCUCCGGGUCCCCCAGCGCCCCCGGGCCGCCUCGGAGUCCCGCUCGCCAUGGGCCACCCCCCACCUGUCUUGCCUCUGUGUGCCUCUGUGUCUUUGCUGGGUGGCCUGACCUUUGGCUAUGAACUGGCUGUCAUAUCGGGUGCCCUGCUGCCACUGCAGCUUGACUUUGGGCUAAGCUGCUUGGAGCAGGAGCUCCUGGUGGGCAGCCUGCUCCUGGGGGCCCUCCUUGCCUCCCUGGUGGGGGGCUUUCUCAUCGAUCGCUUUGGCAGGAAACAAGCCAUCCUUGGGAGCAACUUGGUGCUACUGGCAGGCAGCCUAAGCCUGGGUCUGGCUGGCUCCCUGGCCUGGCUGGUCCUGGGCCGCUCAGCAGCUGGUUUUGCCAUCUCCCUCUCCUCCAUGGCCUGCUGUAUCUACGUGUCAGAACUGGUGGGGCCACGGCAGCGGGGAGUGUUGGUGUCCCUCUAUGAGGCAGGCAUCACGGUGGGCAUCUUGCUGUCCUAUGCACUCAAUUAUGCACUCGCCAGUGCCCCAUGGGGAUGGAGGCAUAUGUUUGGCUGGGCCUCCGCACCUGCUCUUCUCCAAUCUCUCAGCCUCCUCUUCCUCCCCACUGGUGCAAGUGACACUGCAGCCCAUAAGGACCUCAUCCCUCUCCAGGGAGGUGAGGCCUCCCAGCUGGGCUUGGGAAGGCCAAGGUAUUCCUUUCUGGACCUCUUCAGGGCACGAGAUAACAUGCGAAGCCGAACCACAGUGGGACUGGGGCUGGUGCUUUUCCAGCAGCUAACUGGGCAGCCCAACGUGCUGUGCUAUGCCUCCACCAUCUUCCACUCAGUGGGCUUCCACGGGGGAUCCUCAGCUGUGCUGGCCUCCGUGGGGCUCGGCGCUGUGAAGGUGGCAGCUACCCUGACUGCCAUGGGGCUGGUCGACCGGGCAGGCCGCAGGGCCCUGUUGCUGACUGGCUGUGCUCUCAUGGCCCUGUCAGUCAGUGGCAUUGGCCUCGUCAGCUUUGCCGUGCCCGUGGACUCGGGCCCAAGCUGCCUGGCCGUCCCCAAUGCCACCAGGCCACCAGGCCUCCCUGGGGACUCUGGCCUGCCGAUGGGCUCACCACUGCCUCCACUGCCAAGAACUCGUAAGAACCCAGGGAAGCCAGUCUUCGCCUCCAAGAACACCAAGCCCCACUGGGGAGCCGGAGGAGCCCCCCUGAAUCCUGCCCUGCCCACCGUGAGCACUGCCUUCCCCACACCCCUUCUUCCUGCCCUGGAGCACACCCUGCUGCGCUGGACCGCCCUGGUCUGCAUGAUGGCCUUUGUGAGUGCCUUCUCCUUUGGAUUUGGACCAAUGACCUGGCUUGUCCUCAGCGAGAUCUACCCCGUGGAGAUCCGAGGGCGAGCCUUCGCCUUCUGCAACAGCUUCAACUGGGCCGCCAACCUCUUCAUCAGCCUCUCCUUCCUCGACCUCAUCAGCUCCAUUGGCUUGUGCUGGACCUUCCUGCUCUACGGGCUGGCCGCUGUCCUCGGCCUGGUCUUCAUCUAUUUAUUCGUACCUGAAACCAAAGGCCUGUCGUUGGUGGAGAUAGACCAGCAGUUGCAGAGGAGACGGUUUGCCCUGGGCUUUGGCCAUAGGCAGAGCUCAGCUGGUAUCCGGUACAGCCGCAUAGACAUCUCAGCAUCCUGAGUCUGCGCGGAAGAUGCUGGAACCAGAGCUUAAACAGCCCGUCUCAGCUUCUGGCUUGCCUGCACUCCAGAGUAGAACUUCUGAGGUUCUUCAAGAGUCACCCCUCCCAGAGGAGGUCGCUUGUGCUGGGGUGAAGGGACAAAAGUCUGAGAACUCAGUAUCUUCCUUUUGCACCCCAGGCUCCAAGGGUUCCUGAAAAUCUGCCUCUGUGCCUCAGUUUCCUUGCACGGAGCAUCUCUGCUGUACGUUGAGGACAUUGUUACACCGUGGGUUUUCUCAAAGAACUUCUAGGGCACCAAUCCUGGCAUGGAGUCUCGCCCUGCCCCACCCACCCAGUGUCACCCUUAAAUCCAACUGAGGACACCAUAUUCUCUGCUCUCUUUAUUUCCAUUGGCCAGAACUUUGGGUGAGGGAGAGGCUGCUCUUUGACUCUUAUUUCUCAGCUUUGUUCAUCCCCUCGAUAUGUCUUAUCCAGAAUAUUUAUCAUUCACCAACAACUCAAACUGGAUUGUAGGAGGCCUGAGUUCUAGCCAGUGCUACUGGUCACUGAUUUAUGACCACGGGCCUCAGUUUCCCCUCUCUGGGCCUGAAAUUGGGGAACACUCGAAAUCAGGGCUUGUUUCGUUGUUACAUUGCUUUUCCAGACUUAAGGAAAUGAUGGAUAAAAUGUUAGUAAUGCUAAUUAAACUCAAAAGUGAUCCAUGUCUAUAGGCAUUAUAUUGUCAAUGGCAUAGAAAUCUGAGGAGAUAAUCUUCCGACGUUCAAACACUAUUAUCCAGUUCAGCAAACAAGUUGCUUGUGUCGUUGAUGGAUGAAGUUCUGACAUACGUCUUAAUUGCUUUACUUUCAUCUUAUUAAGGUAGACAGAAACAUAAGCCAACAUUCCUGUCAAACCUACACACAUUCUUCCAUGAGGUGAGUGACUUCUUUGCUGAGUUGUGUCAUUAUCAAGCAUUUAUUGACACUAAUUUUGUCAAAUCAUGGCUAAAGUGCAGUAACAGUUGACUUUGGAUACAAGAAUCUGGCAAAAAUCUAUGAAAGCAUUCUGUGGGAAUCAAUUAGCUAUAAGGAAUUUAUAAUAAAGAGUAUUUGCAAUAAAAAGUAUUGACAAUAAAUAAUGUUUUUUGUGAAUUGUGUGCAACAAACACAUCCUUUAUCCCAGUAAAAUUUAUACAUACACACAGACAGUCAGUUGUUAAACCUUUACCAGCCUAUAUCUGUCUUUGUGGCCCCUUGAGCUCAAUUCUAUUUCCAUGGGUCCCCAAAUUUCUCUAAAUUCCCUUUCCCCUCUUGACAGCCCAAGGGAAAGCUUUUCUAACCUUAGAGAGGAUUCCUGAUUUUCUUGAUCAGGGUCUUAAACCCAGAGAUUGGGCAGGAAAUGCUAUUGUCUAUCUGCUGAAUGCUUUUCUUAAAAUGGAUUCACUUUCCCAACUUAAAUAAAUGUGUUUUAAAAGGAAA